AUGGGGGCCCCCCUUCAUAGGGGCUCUGAGGGGGCCCCCGUGGGGGCCCCUAUGGGGGCCCCGUAUGAGGGUGAGGGUACUGGGGGCCCCCAUUGGGGGCCCCCUGUUAAUGCUCAGUCGGGGGCCCCCUCGAAAAGAAAUGUCAAUUCUGAAGAAGUGCUGAGGGUACUUGUUGUAGGAGAAGCAGCAACAGGAAAGACUGCGCUGCUGCAGCUGCUAGAGAUGCAUGCAGCUGAGUUGGGGGCUGCUUGCUUGGCACAGCAGCAGGAAGACCGCUAUGGUUGUAACGGCUUCUCCGAAGGAGACCCUGCAGCCUCAGCAGCAGCAGCAGCAUCAGCAGCAUCAACAGCAGCAGCAGCAGCAGCAGCAGCAGCACGGGAGACAGCUCGCAAUAAAGCUGCUUGUCUUCCAGCACUGCUUGGCUAUCACCGCACCUGUGGGGUUAAUAUAAUGCCUUUGAGGUGUACAGACACCGCAGGCAAGAACUAUUUGUUAGAGUUCUGGGAGGUAGGGGGGGCCUCAGCAACAAAAGCAGCUCGAACCCUUCUCUAUGCUACGCCUUUUGAUGGUUUGAGGGAGAAGGGCUCCUUAGCCACCGUCUCUGAAGAUGCAAGAGAAGGUCUAGGGUUUAGAGUUUAG